AUGCCGCCUCCCCCGGACGCCUCGGCGUUCUUGACCCCCCGCCGCCAACCCGCCGCCGGGAUGCUGCCUUUCGGAAGCCCCGACGACCGUGGGAGCAAUUUCUUUGAGGGCGGCGACGGUCAUGACGAAACGGGCGAGAAUCUGGACGGAACCGGCGGGACCACCGGCGGCGGCGGCGGCGGCGGCGGUGGUGGUGACGGCGGAAAGGGGGGAUUCAAGCGCGGCUUCAAGCGCAUGCUUCACGGCGUGCCGAGCCCGUCUCACUUCCGAAGGUCGAUGUCGUUCCAGGGCUCCCUGACGGCUAUCUCUAGCGCCGCGAACAGGGUCGCCACCGGGGCGAUGACCCCUAUCCGUCGACGCCGGGAGCGGCGGGAAGGCAGGAAGGGAAGGGCGGGGGCGGGCGGCGACGGCGACGGCGACGGCGACGCCACCCCAGGGACAUCCCCGACGCGCGACGACGGGUUCUGA